AUGUCAAAUGAUUCCUUGUCUAUGGUAGACCUUUAGUCCGCUCGGUCGUUGCAUCAAGAUAGAUUUUCAAGAAAUGGAUACAAUAGCUUAGUAAAUUUGGAGUUGUCAACUUUUUUCUGUUAAUGUAAUAGUAAAUGGUGAAUCCUUUUUAUAUAUCAGCAAAUAGAAAAACUCCAACGUAGAUAUGUCGACGGGCAGUACUCCUUUUCCUAAAUGGCAAUUGGCCAUACUUCUCGGUGCACCCUUAGCUAUCGGCUUAGGUUAUCUAUAUCUACGAAAUAGAUUGGAAGAUUCUGAAAGUAAAAAAGUUGCCGACUUAAAAGCUAAGACUACAAUAUCAUUGGAUAACGAGGAAAACAAUGCCAAAACAUCAGAAAGUGCCAUCGACCGUGCUAUGAAGUUAAAAGGUGCCGGAAACCGUGCUUUCCAUGCUGGAGAGUACGACAAGGCUAUUGCUUUAUAUAACGAAGCGAUUGAAGCAUGCCCUCCAGAUCGUCCUGUCGACUUGGCUACAUUUUACCAAAAUCGUUCUGCAUGCUAUGAAAAACGUGAAAUGUGGGAGCAAGUGAAGGAAGAUUGUACCUUUGCUCUUAAGCUCAAUGAGAAAUACGUUAAAGCGUUCUUGAGGCGAUCGCGAGCAGCUGAGAAAAGUGGGGAUCUUGUACUUGCAUUGGAAGAUGUCACUUCUGCAUGUAUCCUUGAGAGGUUCCAAGUUCAAAGUUCCCUGGUGAAUGCUGACCGGAUUUUGAAAGCCCUAGGUCGUCAACACGCACGCGAAGCACUUGCUAAACGUCGUCCUGUUAUGCCAUCAAAUCAUUUUAUCAAGACCUAUUUUUCUGCAUUUUCUGAGGAUCCAAUUACAAAAGUUCAGUUAGAUGAUCAAAAUGCAGGUGGUUUCGCCAGGGCCAUAAAAGCUUUUAGUGCUCAGGACUAUGAUGCAAUUGUAGAUGCUUGUACAGAAGAAUUGAACUCUAAUGGUAAAUACAAGAAUGAGGCUUUGCUUAUGAGGGCCACAUUUUAUUUAUUGCUCGGUAAACAUGAUGAAGCACAGGUUGACCUUGGACAAGUUAUCAAUAGUGAGGCUUCCACAAAAGUGAAGGUCAAUGCUUUGAUCAAGAGGGCAUCUUUGUACACACAGUUGGAGGACACAAACAAAUGUUUGGAAGACUUUGCAAAUGCUGAACGGCUAGAUCCUAAGAAUUCAGACAUUUAUCAUCACCGUGGGCAAGUUUACUUAUUAAUUGAGAGAAUGGAUGAGGCCACGGCAGAGUUUGCUAAGGCUGUUGAAUUGAAUCCUGAUUUCUCAAUUGCUUUUAUUCAGAAAUGCUAUGCGGACUAUAGGCAUGCUCAGAUUAAUAAGAAUGUUGGAGCACUAACCCAAGUCAGAGCUGAUUUUGAAAAAGCUUUGGAAAGAUUCCCAAAAUGUGCAGAAGCAUAUAUUCUCUUUGCACAAGUCCUUUCAGACCAACAGGAGUGGGGUAGAGCUGAAGCCCUGUUUGACUCUGCCCUCUCAGUGGACCCAAGUAAUGCCACACUGUAUGUACACAAAGGUCUUGUACAGUUGCAGAAGAGCACAGAUUUUGACAAGGCUGUGAAACUGAUUAACAAAGCUAUUGAGAUGGAUGACAAAUGUGAUUUUGCCUAUGAAACCCUUGGCACCAUUGAAGUCCAGAGGGGAAAUUUGAAGCGUUCACUGGAAUUGUUUGAAAAGGCAAUAGCUUUGGCAAAGACAGAAUUAGAGAUGACUCACUUGUACUCACUGAAGGAUGCUGCCGCAGCUCAGUUGAAGGUGUCCGAGAGAUGGGGCCUGGACUGGACCGUAAGCUAGGUGUUUCUGCUGCCACAUGUCAUCCAUACCUUUUGAAUAUUACUUGGCAAACACCAAUAUAUGUCCAAGUUAGGCAGGUUUUGAUACCAUUGAAUAUUUCAUUAAUUUCAAUAAACUUCUUUCGCCACCUCCACAAUUCCACACAGAUUAUAUAACAAGCAUUUUCGUUUUUUUUUCAAACAAGAUACAAAAGAUAUCACCAUUCCUUAAUAAACAAUAACUUUUUUUACUAGAUAAUUGGAAUGAUAUAUUGAAUUUGCUCUUAGUAAUUAAAAGCAAUGUUGAAAUAAAUUGCUAUGUGUGUGUGAACAAUGACAGGAAGUAUCUUUUGGAUUCACUUGAUGAAUUCUGAUUUAGUUAGAAUUAGGACACAAUUUUUUUGUGUAUUGAAAUUAGAUGUCCAAUACAAAAAAUCUGAAACCCUUUCAAGGGUGAUUGGCCUAUUGAGGCAACUAUACUUUUUAGUCAUUCUGUUUUAUGUGCUUUGUAUUUGGCUGUUAUCACUUUGUAGAAAUCAGAAUAAUAAGACAAUAGAAAAGUCAAAUAAUAUUAAUUAUAAUAUAUUUCCUAAUUUUAUCCCAAAAUAGCCAUUGAAAAAAAUAAAACGCAUAAUUGUAUUUAAAUAUGUACUCGAAUAUAAUUUUUAUGCAUGACUUAUUAAUCACGAGAUUUACUUUUUUUUCCAGAUUAUUUAAUAUAUAAUAGCCGGUAGACUGCAUUUUUAGUCAUCUUAUUAUUCCGAUUUCUGUAUCUGUAAUAAAACUGGACAUAGCUAAGCAGAAUAAAAAGUUUGUUUUGUUAAAGAGGUAAUUUGAUUACAAAUCUUUACUUGACUGUCAUUCGUUUGAACUGGGCUAUAAAGUUUGUAAAGAAUGGGAAAACUGUUCAUAACAAUAAUACUUACUUCAUAUUGAAAUAGGUAUCAUAUAUCCAUUGCUAAAAGAAUGUGUGGGUCAAAUGUUAUGUAUUUUCUAUAUGAGUAGAAACUGGGGUAGCAGUAGAAAUAUGUAAUGGCUGACAAAAAAUUAUUUUUUUUUUUCAAAUAUCUAUAAAUUUAAAACAUAAACUACUUUUUGUGUGCCCAAAGUUGUCAAUAUAAUACCUUAUGUUAUUUAGUUAUCUGUAGUAAUAAACAUCAUAGUUUUUCCUUUUCGGUUAUUUAUGUUUAAAAAAACCCGUUUUAAACACACAUUUAUGCAUUUAGAUAUGUCGAAACUUGUAAAACUGCCUUUAUAUCUUGCCGCGUAUUAUUCGGUAUAAAUUAUUAGUCGGUACCUGAAGAAUAAAAAUUUAAUUGCUGUUUUCGUGUCUAGUCGAGUUACAAAAUAACAUGAGUGUUGUGGAUAUGUAUGAUAUUCACACCUAUGGCUUGCUAUGGGCACUUACGUGUUCUAUAUUUUUGUCCACAAUAUUAAAUUUAUUUAUGCCUAUGCCUAUUAAUGUGUACUUACUAUUACUAUUUACUGCAUAAUUAUCACUCUCCUACAUUUUUUCCUUACGAAGUUUUGUUUUAUGGUUCCCAUCCGAACAUAAUGCCGUCUGUAUCUAAAUAUAAAAUUAUAUUUGAAAAAUCAAUAACUGCACUUUGCAGAACAAUCAUAAUGGAGUCAUUGAGUGGGGAUUUUAAUAAAAUGCAGGGGAUCAAUUUAGUGGAACGAGUUGAGCACCCCUUUUAUGUUUCCCUUUACUUUAGGCGUUUAGUUUGUGUCACUACUGUGUCUGGUAUUUUGUCAAGAACCAUUGUGACAAAGUUUUGAAUUAAAAAUUAAUAUAAAAUAUGAAUACAUAAAAAACAAUUAAUAAUCCCACAUAUUCGACUUAAUUCGUCUUACAACUUGUCGUGGAUGGUAUGGGAUACCUUAUUCUGUUAAUUAAUUUGAAUAGUCUGUUUCGAUGUUAUAAAAAAUAAAAAAUUCGAAAUUGUUUGGAAUUUUGAUAUGGUUCUGUUUUUGAAAUUACUUGUUUGUCCUUCUUUCACGUCAGAAGGGUCCAUUGUAUUGAGGCAUGAAAUUAGUAGGUACCCCGUCGGAGUACCUACUAAUUCUAUAAAUUAAGUGAUUUUUGAUGUGGACAUAUUAUUUGAACAGUGACAAAGGUGUAUUUUUAGCGUGGAGUUGCUAGUGUAGCGGAGUUUUUAAAAUUUAAAAAUCAACUUUGCCAUAAUGUUUUUCGUCAAACUAAAAGUAAAGCUACCAGACCGCUACAGAAUUAGUAUAUUAUAGAACCUACUUGUGUAAAACGCGGUGUACCAAACAUGCGAACCAGGGCACUUAAUAAUCUACCUAAUAAUAUUUUACCUGUGUUAUAAAUAUAAAUAAGUAACGCUUUUGCCAUAUUGUAGCUGUUGAAUGUGUUAGUCUGUUGCUAUGCUCAUCUCAGGAUUAUCAUAGUAAUAAUCAGAUAACAAUACAAUCUUGUACAUUAAACAAAUUGUAAUUUUCUUGAUUACUGUAUGUAUAUAAUAGAUAGAAGUAUAUUUAUCUACAUUAAUUAUUUUAAUAAAUUGACCCAGUUGUUAGUUUUUGUUGAUAAUCUAAUCGUGCGUAAUUUUAAUUACUGGAUACGGGUAUUUAACGCGCACGUACCUUUUAUACUUCGUACGUACUUUUUAAAAGGUACGUUCGAUCUAAAUACCCCUAUUAAGCUAUUAAUAAUGAAACGUGCGUAAUUUGUCGAUGAUUGUUAAUCACUAAAUUUAUUAGCCGUUAACAUUGCAUUACAUUUUUAAAUCUGGUGUUGCGUUGGAGUAGCUACUGCCUACUCCAAACUGGCAAGAGAUGGUUAUGAAGCUUACGUGGACUUGUUGUAUGGUCACAGUUCUUGAUGCAUGAGGAGUGCGCUUUAGAUUGGAUGGGUGCGUUCAAUAUUAUUUUUGUAGUUUCCAUCUAUGUUGUCAAUUCCGUAUUUUGAUUAAUGUGUACUUAAACUGUACAGUGGUAUUGCUUUUUUGAAUGCACCCUAAAUUAUCAAAUAGAUUGUGAAUUUAGACUUAGAGCUUGUAAAGACGGUUCUACAAGAGUUGUUACCUCACCGAUAGUGAAUAGUUAUCAAUUUAUGGAAACUUCGAAAUACAUUAUUGAAAAAUA